ACAAACGCUCGUCGAUCGAUUGCAUUGUCAGCAGAGCGAGAGAAUUACUGUAGCCGGAGGUUGGCCCAGAUUUUCUGAAAUUGUGUGCAAUUAAUAUCUCCAAAAUGGAUCCGAAAAUAAAAGAAAUGAUUCGUCCGAAAUUUGAUUCACUGAAUGGUAACGAUACGGCCAUCCGGACCCUUGAGAUCACGUUUUUCUCGUCCAUUGCAGGUGCUGGUGCCAGUGCUCUAUCAUUGGCCAUCAGCCCCAAGGGCUUGGCCGAAUCAGCGCUCAGGACUGCCUCACUCACAGCUACAUGUGCUGCUGUAGGUGCCAUCUUUGCCACGACGACAGGUGCCACUGCGUCAUUCAGAGGAAAGGACACGCCCCUCAAUUAUUUCAUUGGUGGAUGUACAUCAGGCCUCUUCUUAGGAGCUAGGAUGCAAAGUAUGGGAGUCGGUUCCGGUGCAUGUGCAGCCUUCGGAAGCUUAGGGGCCUUCUACAAAUACUGGAAAAUCAACGAGUGGGGACCCUUUAUUCCACCACCAAAAUAUUAAUUAAUUCUUACUGCUAAUCUAAUUAUUUUAACCCAUUGCCUACCGGAGUCGGGUAGUCCAAGUACAAAUCAUAUGGGAUUACAUAAUUUGGUAGUCAAUGGGUCAAGUUAUAUCAGGGUCCUGUUUCAUAGAGACUUAUUAUAAUAACAAAUGUACCAUUUAUAUAACAAGUUUACUAUCAGCCAAUCAAAUGGAUGGAUUUCAGUAGCUUUAAACGGUUAUUACAAAUUUGUUAUUAUAACAAGAUUUAUGAAAUCGGUCUCUGGUUAGAGUGGUGCAUGAUGAAUGAGAGUUUGAGAUUAAAAAAAAAAAAAGAUGGGAAUCAUUUUGUGACCUCCUUUCAAAUACCAUGGAGCUAACCAAUGCCUACCACCCGGUAUUUGAAGUCAAAAAGGAAAAAUAUGUAAACUUCGUGUUUGAAUGACUAAGAAAGAGUGCUCCUCAGUAUUUGCCAUUUUCUUUUAACGAGUCAAAUAUUUUUCUCAGCUCGAGAUCAGAUGAAAAUGUUCCAUGGUAAAUGAAUGGAAAAAGGUGCUCUUGUUCUCCAAUACCUCCAUCAUAAACUAAUGGUUUUUCAGUUUGAAAAGGAUGUGAAUGGCACAUAUUUUUUUCAAAUGGGUCCCCUUAUUUAGCCUCCUCAACAAUUUACCAGCCAUUUUUUAGCUAGAUUUUGGAUUAGAAUGGUGCACUUCAAAUUAAGGCAGGAAAGGGGCCUAUCUAAUUCUCCAAAGCCACCAUUAACCAAUGACUUUAAAGUUUUUGAAGGUAUGUGAAUAACACAUACCGGUACUUUAAAAAGUGGGUCCCUGAGGUAAAUUCCGAGUAUGAAGAAAGAGUUACUGUACAUACAUAUCCUCAUCUGUUACAGUUCAGUCUGCCGAGUCUUUGUACAAUUCAAUUUGUACAAUUGCUUAAAGCAGGGGUAAUAAUAAUAGCCGGGCCCGCUUGGAGAACAGUUUCCAGAACUGAAGUGGCUUCCCUGGGUAAAUAUACCUAUAUUAUUAUUAUUCAUUAUUCAUUCAGUCAAAUAAAUGGCCAAGUGGAAGCAAUUCUCAUACCAGAGGAUCAUGUCAUGAAGGUCUGAAGCACUUGUCAGAUGUCCCACCGUGAUUAUUUUUUUCCUACGGGAUAACAGUAAAUGGCAGGCAAAAAAUUAUCAUUAUUUUAAUUUUCCGGGGCUACUUUUCCCAACUUACUUCCUAAUUCUGGAACAUUGGAUUAAGCUUUAUCAUUGCAAUGAAUGGGAUUUACCAGGGCUCCUUUUUUUUUAGUUUCCGGAGCUGUUUUGGGCAUUUUGGGGGACAAAAUAGCAUCGAGCCGGCAUGUAGUCUUUUCUCCUGCAGUCGUGCUUCUCAGCCAAUCAAAAUCAAAAAAUCAAAAUUACUGACUGUUACCGUGGUAACACAGCUCUGGCAAGCAUUGUUAUUGUUAGAUAAGGAGAGCAGGCAAAAUAGCUCGAUCCCUUGCUGAUCAACUAUCUCAUUGGAGUUGUGUAUCUUCAUCAUGCAUUGUAUAAGGAGAGCAUGUGAAAUGGCCUGCCCCUUACUUCACUUGUGAAAAUGACCUCUCAAAUUAAUGCUACCACUCAUUAAAGCUAUCUCAUGGAAGUUGUGUGUAUCUUGCAUUGUACAUAAAUAGAAUUAACAUAAAUAUUUCAAAAAAUGUUGAAUUAAAUGUCUUGGAAAAAAAUAUUAUGAGUGUCAUUUUCUUCUGUAUAUUUUUUGGUGGGUCAUUUGUCAACAAAAUGUAUUAUCAACAUGUAAUUGUUUUUUAUAAGAUGUGAAACCAAGAUAGACCCAAUCCCAAACCAAAUGUUUGUAAUACAUGUAGUUUUGCAAGUGUGUGAGAUCUAUGAUCAUUAUAUUUUCCUUUCAAGUCCACCAUAUCUUUUGAGAUAAAAUUUGUGACUUCAUGGCACCGACAAAUUUGUACUUCUCAUUGGACCAUUACAGGUAGCAACAGCUAAAAAAAAGUGAUUUCAUAUUUCUGUCCAAUAAGAAUAAGGACGUCAGCCGAUAUUCAUGAACAUAUCUCUUCCCAAACUACUAGUGAUCAAGAUCUAUCGAUAAAAUCCUGGUUUUGCCUAGUUUUGAUCAGAACAUUGCCGCUGAAAAUUUAACGAGAAAUGAAACACAUG